AGCUACUGACAACAAUUACAAUAGCUGUGCUACUUGGUUUAUUUUUCAAGAACAUUAUCACCUAAUAUAAGUAAACACUUAUACGACAUGGGCAACCUUAAUCUCAUCAUCAAUGCUAUUGUUGUUGCACUGAUGGCUGUAUACUUAUUCGUAAAUGAAAAAGACAGAUUUCAGGAAACGCAUGAUCGAACAGUUUAAAGAGAAUCUGACUGCUGAAAUAAGACGAAUUUCUGAAGAACUAAAGGAAGUGCAAUACAUUGAUAAAGUCGCUAAGAAACUGGCUGUCGGUUUAACUGAUGAAAUAAGACGAGUUUCUGGUGAAAGUGUAAAAGAGAGAGUGCAAACAAUAGAUAAUGUUGUGAAGAAUAUGAACACCAGUAUAACUGCUGAAAUAAGACGAAUUUCUGAGAAAGUGAAAAACAUAGAAAAUGUUGUUGAAAAGCUGAAAGUCAGUAUGACUGCUGAAAUACCACGCAUAUGUGAGGAAAGGAUAGCAGAAAAAGAAUCACGUCGAAGAGACGAUCGUGCUUUGUCUAUGAAUAGAAUAGAAUAG